AUCAAAUGCAUCACAGAAGUGUAUCCAUGGUGACAGUUGAUUGUAUGGAACUGAUAACAGAAAAAUUAUUCUUGAUGUUGGUGAAUAAAAAUAUCUGAAAUAAAGAACAUUGCUGCAGGCAGAAAGAAAACCAUGUCAGAAGACACACCCACAGCAGUUGUUCUCUCUAUAUACAUCAUUACAUUCCUGAUCGGCUUCCCGAAUUCAGUUUUGGCCAUCUGCUCCUGCAUUCGCAAGAUUCGCAGUAAACCUCUACCUAUUGACUUAUUCAUGUUGAACCUUGUGGUUUCAGACCUCAUCUUUCUCACCUACCUACCUGUGAAGAUGAAAGAAGCCGCAGAUAACAUGGUCUGGAACAUGCCCUAUAUCUUGUGUCAUUUUAAUCUGUUCACGUUCUUUCUUCCCCUUUACAGCAGCAGCCAGUUUCUUGCGGCAAUUAGCGUCGAGCGUUAUGUGUGUGUCGCUUUUCCAGUGAAAUAUAAAAGUCCGAGGAGAUUCACUUAUACAAUACUUGUAUGUGUUGCCAUCUGGAUGCUCAUAAUAAUAAUUGCAGGAUUGACUUACAAGGCGGUGUACACCGGUUCAGAUGAAACAGAAAACAUCACUAACCACAUAGAACCUUCUAGAUGUUACAAUAACUUUACUGCGGUGCAACUCAAAGGGUUGCUCAAAAUGCGACUGGCUGUUAUGGCGAUAUUUUUCUGCAUACCCCUCAUCAUUUGCUGCUUUUGUUACAUCAAUGCUAUUCGUAUUUUGUUAAAGCUACCUCUUAUUAAACGAUGUCGCAGGCUCAGGGUGAUCGGACUGACUCUCGGGACGCUCCUUGUGUUCACUGUUUGUUUUGCACCCUACAAUGCAUCACACAUAGUGGGCUACAUAAGAGAAGAGAAUCCAAAAUGGCGAACGAAAGUUUUAAUGCUGACCACUUUAAAUGCAUGUUUUGAUCCUAUUAUUUUUUACUGCAUCUCUUGGGAGAUGCGAAAUGCCAUUAAAAUAUGUGUAAAACGGUUUCUUCAGUUGUUUAAUUGUUUAAAGUGAUUUUUGUUGUUGUCAUUGUCUUAUACGCUAAACAACUUGUUUUUUCUUCAUUUCUUGGGAAGAGA